AUGGCCAAGCGACUUCAGCCCACGCUGGUCCUGGCGACACUGAGUGCGGCCUUCGGCUCAGCCUUCCAGUACGGAUACAACAUCUCUGUGGUCAACACACCUCACAAGGUCCUGAAGUCAUUUUAUAACGAAACCUACUUUGAGCGAUACGGCACGUUCCUGGACGAGAACGUCACACUGCUCCUGUGGUCUUGCACUGUGUCCAUGUUCCCCCUGGGCGGCUUGUUGGGGUCGCUGGUCGUCGGCCUGCUGGUUGAUAAGUGUGGCAGAAAGGGAACUCUGCUGAUCAACAACAUCUUCGCCAUCGUCCCUGCCAUCCUCAUGGGAGUCAGCAAAGUGGCCAAGGCCUUUGAGCUGAUCAUCUUUUCUCGAGUGGUGCUGGGCAUCUGUGCAGGCAUAGCCUACAGUGCCCUUCCCAUGUACCUGGGAGAACUGGCUCCCAAGAACCUGAGAGGCACCUUGGGGACAAUGACCGAGGUCUUUGUCAUCGUUGGGAUCUUCCUAGGGCAGAUCUUCAGCCUGCAGGCCAUCCUGGGAAAUCCUACAGGCUGGCCUGUGCUCUUGGCCAUCACUGGGAUCCCAGCUCUGAUUCAACUCCUGUCACUACCCUUCUUUCCCGAGAGCCCCCGCUACACCUUGAUUCAGAAAAGAAAUGAGGAGACAGUCAGAAAAGCUCUGAGGGUGCUGCGAGGCUGGGCCGAUGUGGAGGACGAAAUGGAGGAGAUGCGUCUCGAGAGCGAGGCUGAGGAGGCUGAGGGCCGCCUGUCGGUGCUCAACCUGUUCACCUUCCGGCCUCUGCGCUGGCAGCUCAUCACCAUCAUCGUGCUGAUGGCCGGCCAGCAGCUGUCCGGGGUCAACGCGAUCAACUACUAUGCGGACAUGAUCUACGUCUCGGCAGGUGUGGAGCCCUCAAGUUCCCAGUAUGUCACGGUGGGGGCCGGCGUGGUCAACAUUGUGAUGACUGUGAUCUCGGCCUUUAUCGUGGAGCUACUGGGGCGGCGGCGCCUCCUGCUGGCUGGCUACGGCAUCUGCGGCUCUGCCUGCAUCGGGCUGACAUUGGUGCUGCUCUUCCAGAGCACAGUCCCUUGGCUGUCUUACCUCGGCGUCAUCUGUGUCUUUGCCUACAUCGGGGGACAUUCCAUUGGACCCAGCCCUGUGCCGUCGGUGGUGAGGACCGAGAUCUUCCUGCAGUCGUCCCGGCCGGCCGCGUUCGUGGUGGACGGGGCUGUGCACUGGCUCACCAACUUCAUCAUUGGCUUCGUGUUUCCCUCCAUCCAGGAGCUCAUUGGGCCCUACAGUUUCCUCAUUUUUGCUGGAAUCUGUCUCCUCACUGCCGUUUACAUCCAUCUGGUUAUUCCUGAGACCAAAGGCAAAACAUUUGUGGAGAUAAACCGGAUUUUUGCCAAGAGAAAUGGGGUGGAGAUACCGGAGAUGAAAGAAGAAAGGCCAGCGGCUGGGCUUCACGUGUCCUCUGCACCUGCCAAAGAGACUACCUUUUAA